AUGGCGGCAGGCAUGGGCCUGCGGAUGGCGUGCGUGGAGGACGGCGACUGCCAGGACGAGGCGAACCUGGUGUGCGGCUCGGACGGCUUCGACCGCGUCUGCCUCUGCGACAGCGGCUACGUGGAAGAAGGCAGCGGCUGCUCCGAGAGCCCCGCGCAGCCCGGGGAGCCCUGCGACGGGCGCAUGCGCUGUGCAAAGCGCACCAACAUGGUCUGCGACCAGUUCCUCAAGCCGCCGCGCUGCGACUGCAUGGCCGGCACGCUCUGGCAGGAGAACAAGUGCGUCGCCCUGUUCGAACUGACCGGCAGUCAAGAGGAAGGGCGGCCGCAAAACGCGACAGCCGAAGACAGCGAAGAGCCGCUCACAGUUAUGCGCAACAAAUCGACGCCACAACAAUAGAGGACGUGCUUGGUUCGGUGGCAAAGACCUCACAAUGCCAUAGACGAGACAGAUUUUUGUUGAUUUUUGACAAUUACAGUGUGUACCAUUUGGGAUACAGUGCCUCAUGUUCCUGCGAUAAAGGAGUA